UUAUGGAAUUAUUUUUAUCCUCUUUCUUUUUAUUGGCUGGCAGCUGUCAAACUUUUACAAUCUACUUGGGAAGAUAUCAACAGAAGCAAUGCCUACUCAUUCAUUUUGGUCCCUGAUAUCAAAAUUCACUCAUAAGGACAUUUUGAAUGAGUUGGAGCACCUUUCACAAAUCCACACCAAUGUAGGAAGAUGUCGGGCAUGGGUUCGUCUUGCUUUGAAUGAUGGUUUAAUGGAAAGUUACCUUGAUGCACUUUUGAUGGACAAGAAUAAGCUGUUGGAGUCGUAUAAAGGUUCAUCAUUUAUGCUGGAUGCAGAGCUACCAUCAAUAAUGAAAACUUUCCUGCAAGGCCUUGGUGAAUUCAAAUUUGAUUUUAACUACAACACGCCUGGUCUGAACAGUUGGUCUGGUGAUACAUUGGCUCUCUGUGGUAUUUGGCAGUUACCAAAAGUGGCCCCUCGUUCACUUUCACCAGUCUAUUCAGGUAUGCCUAGCCAUGGAUCUUCAACAGUUCCAGUUGUCAUCCCAGCCUCCUCAUCAGCAAGCCCCCCAGCAGCAGGUGUUAGGCCCAUGCUUCAUCAAACCUCUGGUUCCUUAGCUUGCGGUGAAGCAGAAGUGGCUGAACUUGCUGGAUGCAGUAUUGAGGACAGCACAGAAUUGAAACGAAGAGCACUAGAACAGCAAACUGUGGCUAACAGAACAAAAGAGGAAUCAGUUAGCAGAGAUAGUUCACCCUCAGCAGAAGAGGAUGUAAAUGCACAAGGCCACAAACAAUCCUCACCAGCAGUACAACCCUCCUCUCAAGGCAAUGAACGUGAUACCAUCAGUCCAACCCCUCUGAUGGGUAGCAACAAACUUGGCAUGGCCAGUGGCUGGUCCUCGGCAUUUGAAACACAGGCUGCGGUAGAAACUGAUGGUGGCAAUGCUAAUGAAGCAGAUCAUGUAGGGCCUCUGCCGUGUCCUCGGGAGCCACUUAGUCAAGUGACGCAUGCAAAGUUACAAAAUGUACCCAGCUUUGGGACUUUGUUAAAGGACUACACUGUUCAGGGACCUAACAGAUUUGAGGCCCCUGUUUAUGCUGAGGGUGCUGUACCUUUGCCACCUGCAGCACAGCAGGUAGAGAGUGAUGUUAACUUUAUUCUCAUAUAUCCUUGAAAGAUUAGUAAACAAACAUCCCUGAUUACACUUAUCAUUUUAAUUUGUCCCUCGGAAGAGAUUGAAAUGACAGACAUUUGAGGCCAAAAAUUUGUAUCUUCAGUUAUGCAUGCAGUUACUAGUCCUGUGACAUACUUGUAGCACUAUAGAAAAUUAACUGCAUGUGUUCCUCUGAUUGAGAGUUUGACAACAAAUCAGGGAGUCUGACUACAUUGUCAUUAGUAUCCACACAAAAGCCAUGCAGAGCUACAAUGUACAUGCACGCAUGUGUAUUCUAAUUGAAGAUCAGGGUUGAUGUGGGUUAGUUACAAUUUAAAUAUUCUUCGGUUGAUAAAUUACUGAGAGUACAGGUCAUGGUGUAUUGAAAAUUUAUAUGUCAAGAUACCACAACUGAGGUUAACAGAGUCAGGGGUGGUGAAUGAUGGCUGCGAGACUUUGCAAGAAGACGAGAUAAGCGAUUUUCUUUGUGAGCCUGAGACAUUCUGAAAGUGUUAAAUUAAGGUAAUUCCUCUGAAAUAAAAGUGACAAUAGAUUUUUGUUCA